GUGUUACCGUGCAUAAAGCUGUUCCGUGAUGUUAUGCGGAAGUCGUUGCUACUGCCUUGCAUGGAGGAAUUAGAUCUACUCAAGAAAAAUGUCCUGCAGGAAGGAGAUGUCAUGAAGCUGGUGGAUAGCAAAGGGAAGAUACACCUUACAGUGAUGGCCUCGAUAAAAGGUUUAGAUGGCUCUCAUCAGAUUGUUGCUCAGAUUCACGAGGGAACGAUGCACGUUAAGUUCGAUUUGAAAGUCCCAACUGAGUAA